UGUAGGUACUUACUGAGCACUCAACACCAGAUGCUCAGGCUGAAGCCAGGUUUUCAAGUAUUAGCGAGACAUGCUGGCUUUCGUGCUAGAGGUCUUACAACAGUCAAUGCACCGAGGUCUUUACGAAGGGCAACUGCAACACUACUCAUAGGAGGCGCAUCUACUGCUAUCGCCGCUUAUUUUUUCUUACCUGACAUCUCCCGAGGCGCGCCAACUUGUGACAACAUACCCCUCAGUCCGUCUCACUUCACACCAGCAAAACUCGUUUCGUCCACUAUUACAUCAAGUGGAACAAAAAUUUUGACUCUCGCGAUACCUCCCGAACUUUUACCCGAGGAAAGCGAUCUCUUCGCACCUAUUUGGUCCGUCUUCAUCAAAGACGAUGACAUACAAGUGGAGCGACCUUACACUCCACUUGAUGGGGUAGACGAAAACGGAAAUAUGAAGUUCUGGAUCAAAAGAUAUCAACAUGGCGAAGUCAGCCGAUGGUUGCACUCAAAACAAGUUGGGGAUAUCAUUGAAAUUCGAGGCCCUCUCAAAACCUGGUCUUGGAAGGAUGAUGCUUGGGACGAGAUCAUUUUGAUAUCUGGCGGUACUGGGAUUACUCCGUUCUACCAGCUGCUGCGUGCCGUAUUCUCUGGCAACCCAUCCUUUCAAGGUCGAAUCACACUCUUACAUUCAUCAAGAACACUUUCUGAGCUGCCCCCGCACGAUAUCCUUGAUCCCCUGUUAAAAUUUGCGCAGCAUAAUCCGGAGAAGUUCAGGCUGAAGUUCUUCGUUGACUCGUUUGGCGAAACCAAAGGUCAAAGUUCUAUAGAUCUAAAGGUACACAAGGGUCCCAUUGGUAAAGAAUCAAUACGUGGCGCUCUCCAUUCUGUCUCUUGUUUUCCUUGGUGGCGUGGUUUGUUCUCGCAAGAUAGUGAUGUCAGUGAUCGAAAGAUACUGUUUUUGGUUUGUGGUCCUGAGAAAAUGGUUGAGGCUAUCGCAGGUCCUUAUGGCCGGAACUACUCACAAGGGCCAGUAGGCGGAGUGUUGCAAUCAUUGGGAUACAAGUCGCGCCAGGUCUGGAAAUUAUAGAUAUCCGACACUUGCACAGCCGUAUGCUUCUCAAAGUUCAAACUUCCUUUACCCGGUACACAGGC